CUCGAUGAGAUCUUCGCUCCUGCUACUCGCCACGGCCUCGCUCGGCGGGGCUGCGCGCAGCCGCCUCGCGCUCGCCGGUCGCUCCGCCGCGUACCGCAUCCGCGGCGGGGAGAGCGACGGCUCGCGGCCGUGGGGUGCGCCGCCCGGCGGAGCAGGCCCGCCGGGACAGGGCUUUCAAGGCUAUCCUCCGCCGCCGGGUGAGGCCAGCCCGUGGGGUGGGCAGCAUGCUCCGCAACAGCCUGCCGACUACCCGCCGCCACAGCAGCAGUACGGCUCCGCCCCGCCCGGAUACGGCCCUCCGUCGCAGCAGCCUCCGCCUUCGCAGCAUGGCGGCAGCAGCCCGCCGCCACAGCAGCAGCCGUACGGCGGAGGCGGCCCGCCGCAGCAGCAGUACGGCGCCGGACCGGACGCAGGCCCGUUUGGCAGCCCGUACGGCGGCGCCGGCGGGUAUGGCGGAGCCGCGGGGGGGUACGGUGGCGCGGGUGGCUACGGCUAUGGCGGCGCCCCGCCCUACGGGUACCCUCCCUACGGGGCGGGCUCCGGGGAGAAGGUGUCGGACCAGCUCAAGGGGUGGGGCAAGUCGAUUCUAAAGAGCGUCGGGCUUGACGAGGAGAGCCGCAAGCGGGCAAAGGAGGAGGCAGCGCGCAAGGAAGCGGAGGCGCGGCGCGCGCAGAUGCCCCUCUGGGCCGACCCUAGCUACGGCGGCGUGCAGCCGGGCAGCUACGGCGCGCCACCGGGCGGCGCGUACGGCGCUGGCGCGGGCUACGGCGGCGGGCCCUACGGCGGCGGCGGAGCGGGCGGCGCGCCAUUCGGGUCGCCACCGCAAGACUACGGCGCCGGCGCUGCUGGGCCUGGCGGCGUCGGGGCUCCCCCUGCCGGCGGGUCCCCGUUUGGAGGAGGCGACGCGUACGCGGGAGCGUAUGGUCAGCCGCCGCAGGCUGGCGCCGAGGUUGCGUCUCCGUGGGGCCAGCCGCCGCAGCAGCAGCAGCAGCAGCCACCGCUGCAGCAGCAGCAGCAGUCGCCGCCGUACGGGGCAGCGGCUCCGCCGCAGUACGGAGCGCCGCCGCCUCAGGGAGGCGCGUGGGGGGCGCCCCAGCCGGGCGCUCCUGCCGGUGCCCCUCCGCCGCAGCAUCAGCCGCACGGCGGUGGCGGCCCGCCGACCCCCACGUCCGAGCAGGGCCCGCCGUCGCCGUCCCACGAGGCGCCCGGGUACGGCGGCGGCUGGGGCGCGCCGGCGGGUGCGUCGGCGGCGGCUGGGGAGGCGAGCACCGCCGCGCCCGACACGGAGCGGAUGCAAUAGCGGAAAAGCCCGACAAGGACACAGGUGCCGCAGCAGCCGACGCCGCCUCGGACUCGCACUCGCCGCCACCGCCGCCGCGUCCUUCGUCGUGACGGGUCCUCGAGGUGGGCGGGUGGAGAGGGAAGCGUCGCGGGGGCGCACAGAAGAGGAACAGGGGCCGGGCUGGGGCUCCAGCCUCAAGCUCUACGCUGAGCUGGCAUGAAUCCCGGGGUGUUUGGGGGGGCGGGGAGGGGCUGACCGGUGCAGCCUGACGACUCUCGCCCGCAGAGUAGGGAACACCAAGGCGCGGCGUGUAUUCCGAGACUAGUACUGACACACGCGUAUGGAGUAUAUGGCCAUCUCGGCUGCGCGCCGCGCCGCAGCGUGCCGGAGUCGCCUGCGACGUGCGCGAGCUCGGUCGGAAACGGGAAAUUGGAAGGGUCUCGCUCUCGGUGUGCCUCGCGUUUUUUCAGUAAAAGAGGGUUCGCAUUC